AUGGCUGAAUAUCUAGCUUCUAUUUUCGGUACCGAAAAGGACAAAGUAAAUUGCUCUUUUUAUUUCAAAAUCGGAGCAUGUCGUCACGGUGAUAGAUGUUCAAGGAUUCACAACAAACCAACUUUUAGCCAGACAUGCUUACUCCAAAACCUUUACGUCAACCCUCAAAACUCUGCUAAAAGUGCUGACGGUUCUCACUUGGUAGCCAAUGUCUCCGAUGAAGAAAUGCAAGAGCAUUAUGACAAUUUCUUCGAAGAUGUAUUUGUCGAGUGUGAAGACAAAUAUGGAGAGAUUGAAGAAAUGAAUGUUUGUGAUAAUCUUGGUGAUCACCUUGUUGGAAACGUUUACAUUAAAUUCCGCCGUGAAGAAGAUGCUGAGCGAGCUGUUAAUGAUUUGAACAAUCGUUGGUUCGGUGGACGUCCAGUUUAUGCUGAAUUAUCACCUGUGACUGAUUUUCGCGAAGCUUGCUGCAGACAGUAUGAAAUGGGAGAAUGUACCCGAUCAGGAUUCUGCAACUUCAUGCACUUGAAGCCCAUCUCCCGCGAGCUGCGCCGAUACUUGUACAGCCGCAAGAAGGGAGGAAAACGUUCUCGCAGUCGCUCACGAUCACGCGGCCGAGAACGCAAGCACAAGUCGCGGUCCCGCGAACGUCGAUCUCGCUCGCGAGACCGUCGGAAGGGUGGUCGCGAAAGUCGCGAAGACAGAGGACGUGAUGGUCGCUCAGGAAGAUAUUGA